AUGGCCGACCAACAGUUGCCUCCAGGAUGGAUUUCUCAAUGGGAUGAAACGUAUCAACGACCGCUGUUUAUUCAGCCUGCAACUGGGCAUACCCAAUGGGAGCCCCCGAUUGUAGAUGCUGAACAACACCAGCCUUCCGUGGAAGAGUAUCAACAAGCCCCUCCAACAACAGCCUCUUCCAAGCGUCGCCAAUACGCUGCUGGUCAGUCUCAAGCAUACUCUGGUGCAGCCGACCUGCCACCUGUUCAGCCCCAAAGUUAUGGUGAUCCAAACACUGGAGUGGUCCUGACACAACAGCCCCCAUACUAUGGACAAGACCAAGGCUAUGGAGGACCGGGAGCGCCUCAAGCAUAUGGCCAGCCGCCGCCUCAACAAUACACUCAGCAGGUGAACCAGAUGGCGAAUCAAUUUGCUCAGAUGGGCAUGGGAGGGCACCAAACUUAUGGAGUUCACACAACAAACCUAAUUGGAGCAUAUUUGGAUCCCCAAGAACUUCUAGCGCCUCCCCCCGAAAUCAGACUCCCUCCUAAUGCUGCUAUCAAUCCGUCGCCAGCUUCCAACGCUGAUCCAUCGUAUAUGCGAUGUACAGUAGGCGCAAUGCCAGCAACCAAUGCACUGCUCACCAAAACAAAAUUGCCGCUCGCCUUAAUACUUUCCCCCUUCCGCUCCGUUCGCGAAUCGGACAACGACGCUGAAGUGCCAGUGGUGGACUGA